GCCCUCCUUAAAAUCAUCUCCCGUUUUCAUUUAUCUUUUUUUCUGUCUUUGCUGCGAACUGAAACUCACUCCUUGCGUCUUUUCCUAUACAUACAAAUAAUGACAGCAUUCGAAGAAACCCUUGUCGAAUUGACACAGCAGCACUUGGACCCUUCUAAUCCAUUUGCAUUUUCACCUGAACAACUCUAUUCGAUUGUAUAUCAUAAACGACUCGACAUUUUAGAAUCCAUUGGGGGCGUUGAUAGCCUCGCAAGAGGAUUACACUCAAAUACAAACACUGGAUUGGACUGGCGUGAAGAAAAUUUAUGCUAUAUACGCCUACACGAUCUAAAACAGCCACCUACAAAAGAUGAAUAUUAUAUGCCACCAGACAAGCUGCUUUAUAAUGAUAAAGAAGAAUAUUUUGUUCAAAGGACGAAUGUGUUUGGUCCUAAUCGACUACCAGAGUUGGAGCCAGUCAGUUUAUUAAAGAUUAUGUGGGAAGCUUAUCAAGAUAAAACAUUGUUGCUUUUGACAGCUUCAGCUGUCAUUUCACUCACUGUGGGCAUCUAUGAAGAUUUGACAAUAGUCGAAUAUGAUGCGCUAGGUAAUCGAGUUCCAGGUGUAAAAUGGGUAGAAGGCGUGGCUAUUGUUGUCGCAGUAUCCUUGGUGGUCAUUGUGAGCAGUGUGAAUGAUUAUCAAAAAGAAAAGCAGUUUCGAGACCUGAACGCCAAAAAAGAGGAUCGCCAAGUGACCGCUAUUCGUUCAGGAGAACAUGUAUUAUUAUCUGUAUAUGAUGUACAAGUAGGUGAUGUCCUUCAGCUUGAGCCUGGAGACAUUGUUUGCGCAGAUGGUGUAUUUAUACAAGGCCACAACUUGAAAUGCGAUGAGUCACCUUUGACAGGUGAAUCAGAUGCAGUACGUAAAUUAUCUUGGAAUGACUUUCAUACUUCUUCUGAAGAUGAAGAUACAGCAAGGCCACUUGACCCAUUUCUGAUCUCUGGUUCUAGAAUUCUGGAGGGACUUUGUACAUAUAUGGUCACUGCUGUCGGGCCGUAUUCUUUUCAUGGUAGAACUUUGAUGGCACUUCGAACCAAGGAUGAAAACACGCCCUUGCAAGACAAGCUCGACAUCUUGGCGUCAAGUAUUGCCAAGUUUGGUCUAUCUUCAGCAGCCUUUUUGUUUACGAUGCUGAUUGUGCGUUGUUUUAUUGGAUAUGCUACGGGCUCAUUAUCUGCUGUACCUUCGGAUGUGGUUGCUCAUAUCAUGGCUAUUCUCAUCACCACUGUCACAGUUAUCGUCGUCGCUGUUCCAGAAGGAUUACCCUUAGCAGUGACUUUAGCUUUGGCUUUUGCUACACAACGUAUGCUGAAAGAUAACAACCUCGUACGAAUCCUUGCGGCGUGCGAAACAAUGGGUAGUGCAACAACAAUUUGUUCAGACAAGACAGGCACACUGACAGAGAACAAGAUGUCAGUCGUUGCCGGUACACUUGGUUCAUCAUUUCGCUUCUUGAAGGAUCCCCCAAAGUCAAGACCAGAUUUGUUUGGCAUGCAUGAACUUGGGACAAAGGCUCCGCUGGUGAUCAAGCGAUAUUUAAACCAAGCUCUGGCUUUAAACUCAACGGCGUUCUCACAUCAGCAGACGUUGGUGGGAAACAAGACUGAAACGGCCCUGUUGAACUUUUCAAGAGACCAUUUAGACUCUGAACCCUUUGAGCUCUUACGUGCACGAUGGCCAAUUGAAGUUGUGUUUCCUUUUAGCUCUUCACGAAAAGCAAUGGCAACAGUGAUUCGUGUAUCGAAAGAAGAAGGGGGUGUCAUUUAUCGUAUGCAUGUCAAGGGUGCGUCUGAGGUCUUAUUAAGCCAAUGCAGCCGUAUUGUAUCUAUGCAUGAUACAAGCUAUGAGCAAGAUGCAACAAAGAUUGUAACCAGAGUCAUGACAGAGGCAAAUAGAGAAAGAAUGGUCAAAAUCAUUCAAAGUUAUGCCACACGGUGCUUAAGAACCUUGGCAAUCUGUUACCAAGACAUGGACCACUGGACAGCUGAUCAACAAUUGGAGGAUGUGUUGCAACAAGGACAGCUGACAUUAUUGGGUAUUGUCGGCAUUGAGGAUCCAUUGCGAGAAGGUGUGACUGACGCGGUUGCAGCCUGUCAGCGCGCUGGUGUUUGUGUCCGUAUGGUGACGGGUGAUAACAUGAUGACAGCCAAGAGUAUCGCAAGACAGUGUGGUAUCUACGUGCAUGGUUCAAUUGCUCUGGAUGGGUCAAGUUUCAGAAAAAUGUCACGUCAGGAAAGACAGUCUAUCCUACCUCAACUUCGUGUUUUGGCUAGAUCAAGUCCAGAAGAUAAGAGAUUGCUUGUGAACGAUUUGAAGCAGUUGGGAGAAGUUGUCGCGGUCACAGGAGAUGGUACAAACGAUGGACCGGCACUCAAGGCAGCCGAUGUGGGGUUUUCAAUGGGCAUUGCGGGUACAGAAGUAGCCAAGGAGGCUUCAAGUAUCAUCUUGAUGGAUGACAACUUUUCGAGUAUUGUCAAGGCAAUUUCAUGGGGUCGUUGUGUGAAUGACUCUGUUAAAAAAUUUUUACAAUUUCAACUUACAGUAAAUGUAACUGCGGUUAUGCUGACAAUUUUAUCAGCUAUGGGCAGUCAGGAGCAAAAGUCUAUUCUGACAGCAGUUCAGUUGCUCUGGGUUAAUUUGAUUAUGGAUACAUUUGCUGCAUUAGCCCUUGCGACAGAUCCCCCUUCAACUGAUCUAUUAAAAAGAUCACCCGAAUCAAAGAGUGCUCCUUUAAUUAAUACAUCAAUGUGGAAAAUGAUAAUAGGACAAUCGAUAUAUCAAAUUGGUGUUAUCCUCGUAUUUCUAUAUACAAACAUUCUUGGACUAAAAAAUGAACCAGCAACACUUCAGACAGUAGUGUUUACCAUAUUUGUAUUUUGCCAAAUAUUUAAUGAAAUCAAUUGUCGUAGAAUAGACAAUAAGCUUAAUAUAUUCAAGGGAAUCAGAAACAACAAAUUCUUUAUGCUCAUUUUUACUACUAGUGUUUGUGGUCAGAUUAUCAUUGUAGAACGAGGUGGUGCAGCUUUUCAGACGGUGCCACUUAGUAUUUCACACUGGUUACUUAGUGUAUUUAUUGGUCUAUGUUCAAUCCCUAUUGGUGCCAUUCUUCGCUUAGUACCAGACAAACUUUUCUAUAUCCAAUAAACAAUAAAAGCCAG